UGUUGCUUCUCCUCCUCCAUAAUCUUAACAAUACAUUACACUGAUAAUUAGCAAUGGACUUCACGGAUGAAGAAUUUGAAGAAGCUUGCUCUGAGCUGGACAAUCCAAGAAUUUCGGACUAUGAGUUCUUUGUUGAGUCUUCAGGUGUACAGAUCUACCGCAAAUAUCAAGAGGACUCAGGAUUGUAUGAAUACAAGGUAUUUGGGACAUUAAGUGGUGUUGGACCAGAGACUUGCGCCAAGGUGUAUGUUGAUCUGGAGUACCGGAAAACAUGGGACAGUUAUGUCAACAAGUUGUAUAAAGUUAAAGAUGGUGACAGAGAGGGCGUUUACUGGAGAGUCAACUACCCAUUCCCAAUGUCAUCAAGAGAUUACGCGUUUAUACGAGAGUCAAGAGAGUUUGAAAUUAAUGAUGAGCACGUAUGGGUGAUCCUGGGUCGCAGUGUUCCCUUUGCCUCCAAACCGCCUGUGGCUGGUGUCAUCAGGGUGGAUGAUUUCAAGCAAAGUAUGGCAAUCAAAGCAAGUGGUGAUGGUUCAAAAGCGUUCAUGCAUUACUAUGACAACCCUAAAGGAAUGAUACCAACAUGGCUGGUCAACUGGGCUGCCAAAGUAAGUCAUUUUUUUUACUGCGAUCAAAUAGUUUUCAGGAAUAAGAAUUUCAUCAAUUCAUGUUCCUUUUGUGUUGGAAAAUGUACAAUUAAUCAGCUAAAAUUUGCAUAUACUGCAAUUUCUAUUUCAACCUGUUUGUUUCUGGUAAAUAUAUUUGGAUAAAGCUUAUGAAGCACCAGUGGUUUGUUCUCCUUUAUUAUUUUUUGUUUUGUCAUUUUCAAAAUUGGGCCUUUUCCUACUCUAAGAAAAAGCAGGGCUCCAUUUCACAAAGCAUUAAAAUUCAUUGUAAAGAACAAUUGUCGGUGUAACAAUAGUGAUUUGUAUAGUGACGUAAAAUAACACUUUACUAAGCAACUACUCUAAAGUUCUUUUUCGGGUUAUAAGUCAGUUUGACACAGGUUUAGGUCAGUUUGGCACAGAUUUGGGUUCAGACCCCUGGGGACAAUUCUGGCCCAAAGUUUUUAGAGUGAUAAGAUUCUUUGUUUGUUAUACAUAAAUAUGAAAUCUUAAAAUAUCAAUAUUUUUUUGUACCGUUUCCUAGACUGGAGUUCCUGGUUUCAUGCAAUCCAUGACAGAUGCAUGUAAUGGUUAUCCAGAAUACCUGGCUAAAUUGGAAAGGAGUAAAGGCACGACA